AUGCUUCUAUUCGAUUCUGGAAAAAAGAAAACUCAACAGACGCAGCAAGGUCGGUACGCGGAAUUUCAAGCGAUUGUACUGGCUGGAUUUGGAAAUUACUUGUAUCCGCUUACAGAAGACAAUAAUUUGCCGAAAGCGUUAUUACCGAUAGCAAAUAAACCAAUGAUAUAUUAUGUGCUUGAUUGGUUGGAACGGGCUGGGAUAUUUGAUGUAAUGAUAAUCGCACAACAAAGUGGUGAACAAAAAAUUUCCUCCUACAUAAAAAACAUCUACGAGGGUAAACUUAAGCCAUCGCUGGAAGUUGUUCGUGAUGAACAUGGUGGAACUGCUGAUGUUUUACGUUCCGUGAAAGAUAAGAUCAGGAGUGAUUUCAUUGUAGUAAGUUGCGACUUGAUUCUCGAUCUUGUACCGCAUGAGUUUCUAGACUAUCAUCGUCGAGAAGACCCGGCUUUUACUGCGUUCUUUUACGAACCAAGUAAAUCUGAGAGUGGUAAUGUGACUGGUACGAGUAGCUCUAAAGACGAUAGUUCAAAAUUGUUCAUUGGCGUGGAACCCACCCGUUCCCGAUUCGUCUAUAUAAAAUCACGUGAUGAUUUGGACCAGGAACUUACUUUGCGAAUGUCACUUUUAUGGAAAUUUCCACGAGUAAACAUCCACACAACGUUACAAGAUGCGCAUCUAUACAUCUUCAAACGAUGGGUAAUUGAUUUAAUUGCGCAACGAAAAUCAAUCAGUAGUGUGAAAGAACAUCUUGUGCCGUUAUUGCUAAAGUGCCAGUACCAGAAAAAAUUAUUGGAAAUGGAAGGAAUAAAUAAGCGCAAAACGCAGGAGAACUUUCAAAAGAGGGCGCUUGAAUACUCGACAACCUGGGAAAAAGAAGAUGAUGACGAGUAUCCAGUACGAUGCCAUAUAUAUAUAUUUAAGAAUGGGUUCUGUGGGCGUGGUAACACGGUACCUUCUUAUUGUGAAUUGAAUCGUCAUAUGGCAAAAAUGAGCACCGGGAAUCGUGUUUCGCUAACUGCAGAAAUACCACAGAAAGCACAGGUUGGAAACGACUCGAUGAUAGGUGAACACACAAAAAUUGACGAACGAACAUCGAUAAAGCGAUCAACGGUUGGUGCGCAUUGCGUUAUCGGCAAAAAUGUCAAGAUCAAUAAUUCAAUCUUGAUGGAUCAUGUUAUUGUUCAGGAUUUUGUGAAAUUGGAUGGAUGCGUCGUCUGCAAUAAUGCGAAAAUUGAAGAGAAAGUACAAUUGAAGGAUUGUGAGGUUGGUGGUGGGUUUGUGGUCGAGUCAGGAUUGCAAGCAAAGAACGAGCAAUUAUAUCGCUGGAAAGAUGGUUACGCGUUAGCUCUCGGUUUAGGUUCUCUAUUUAACCAUUCACGAAAUAAUAAUGUAGGAUACGUGAGAGAUUUCGAGGCGAACGUGAUCAGAUAUUAUACAUUAUGCGAUAUCGAGUCGGGAAAAGAAUUGUGUAUCAAUUAUGAUGAAGUGGAGGAGAUCGAUAAAUUGUUUCUUGAAGGGUUUCAAUUGGAAGAGGAAGGGGAAUUCUGGUCAGAAAAACCCGCAAAUAUUGAUGGGAUGCUAGGUGGAUUCGGCUCCAUAUCAAACCUAGACAUCAAAACUUCCGAACUCUUCCUUUCAGAGUAUACGCGUGGCAAACGCGGCACCCGGAAUAUGCUGAGAGUUCCACCACGCAUCGUGACAAAAUACGCGUGUGACUGUGGCGCCGGGAUUGGUCGCAUCACGAAAAAUCUGCUCACCAAAAUGUUCGAUCGUGUUGACUUGGUCGAACAAACCCCAAAAUUCAUACAACACGCUCAGAACGAGCAUCUACGGCAGGAGGUGGCCGCGGGUAAAAUUGGCGAGUUUUAUUGUGUUGGUUUGCAAGAGUUUUCGCCUGAUCCGGGGAGAUACGAUUUGAUUUGGUGUCAAUGGGUGCUUGAACAUUUGACUGAUGAUGAUUUGGUGGCGUUUUUUGUGAGGUCUAAGAAGGGGUUGCGUCCUGAUUCUGGGAUUAUUUGUGUUAAAGAGAAUGUUAACGUGCUUGGAUAUACAUUUGAUGAGGAGGUUUGUAGUGUGGUUAGAUCCGAUCAAAUAUUCAAAGAUAUAUUUCAUAAAGCAGGAUUAAAGGUUCUCAAAGAAUCGACACAACAUGGGUUCCCGAAAGAUUUAUUUCCUGUCAAGAUAUAUGCUUUGGCGCCAGAAUCUUAUUAA